AUGUCUCGAUUGGUGUAUACCAACGGCACCUACCGUCUAUUCCUGGCCAACGCACCCGUAUCGUCGCUGGGGUCAUUUGGCAAAGCCGAACUCGAAUACUACCGUGAAGAAGUAUCGCGGUUGGUGUUUAGCUGGUAUACUCCCGAAUCCGCCGAGGCCGCAUCUAUCAAAACGUGGAAGGAUGUGUACGAGGAUCUCAAGACUCGUGCCCGGAAAGAUGAAUUACUUGUGGAUGGUGAUGAGGCGAUAGUCACUGUGCUUGAAUUCCAGAGUCGAUUCCUCACUCCAUUGGUGAUCGUGUUCGUUACUCGCAAUAACAUCCACCGCGUAUUUACACGAAUGACAGUGGCGACAAAAUUUGUUUUAAAGCAUAUCCAGCGAUGGAGGAACGGGGUCAAUUACCUUAUUGAACCGUGGUCGCUUACCCCUCAGCAAAUGAGAGCUAUGGUCGACCAUAUGGUGGUGCUAUCAGCGGUAGCAGAGUUUGGCGACCUUGAGCUUGCUUACCACCGAGAGAACGGUAAAAUCAACUCUCGAUUGAACAUGAUGGUGUUUAAAGUGCCUCAGGAAACUCUUAAAAGCUUGCUUGAACGCACUGAGGGCGACGACGAAGAAAGACCUUGUUCUCAACGAAUCCACAAUUAUCUCAAACAAACGAUUCAUUUGAACUUAGACAGACUACGAAUGUACCGUGUAAUUAGUCGGCUUGUGAGUAUAUCCAAUGAUGGACGGAUUAAGAUGUGGGCGUCACGAGUGGGGCCUAAUCCGAAAGUGGUACUACAAACGUUUGUGCGACUUGCUGAUGCUCUGGGGUAA